GUUUCUGUGCUGCAAAAUUAAUAAAAUUUGUGUUGUUUUGUGCGGCUUAGUGUCCUUUAAACGUUUUAUAAAAACAAUAACAACAACGUCAAUAACAAUAACAACCACCUGCCAGUGCCAAGCAAAAACUAUGUAAAUUGUAUCCUCUGAGAGCGCAAGAGAGAGAAAGAGAGCAAGAGCAACCCAGUUGUUAACAUUCCACAAAACAUAGAAGACCCAAGACCACGAAGAACAACAACAAAUGACUGAAGUUGAUGUCGUGCUGCCGGAGGGCGUUGCCGAGCCCACAAACAAGCUACUCGCCAAAGGUGCCACGACGACAGUGACAACAAAGGAGCAGGAAGAAGAUAAUAGCAGCAGCGAGGAGCAGCCAGAAUCAGAACAACUUGAGAAAGCAGAGCCAGAGCAUGAGUUAGAGGCUGAGCCAGACGAGGUGCUAGAGGCGGUAGAAUUGGCUACAGGGAAGCAGCAAGCUGAGGCGGAUGCAGCGCUGCUAGCGAAAAAAGCCAAUAUACUUGGAGAUGAAUCAGUGGCAAUAGAUGAUGAUGUAGUUGAUGAGCCGACAAAGCCUGAAGCUGCAGAGGAGGAGGAGGAUGAGGCCAUGGAAGUAGAUGAAGCAGACGCUCAAUUGGAGGCUAAGACAACAGACGAAUCAGAGGAGUGUGACUCACAGCUAACCAGCGACAGUAGCACAGAGAAUGGCACCAGUACCAGUAAAGGUACGCCAGUUGAAGGCGAAGGUGAUACAGAGGAAGAUGAUGAGGAAUCGGAGGAGGCGACUACUAAUGGUGAUCAUGAUGAGCUCGAUGCAGAGAAAAUAGGCAGCACGGCGGAAAACAGUUGUGAUGCUGAGGAUCCUUUGGGUGCAGUCACGCAGCCAGAUACAGAGUCUGAGGAGUCAUUACUAAAGCAAAAGUCUAGCCCAGUAGAAGAAGAAGAGCCAGAAGAGGAAACCAACACGGCCAAGACACUGAGUGACUCUGAGCCCGAAGCAGAGCCCGUGAAACAACAAAAUGGCUUUACUCCCAGUCCAGCGACAGACGAAGAUGAGCAGCAGCAACAGAAUACAGCGGCAGUGCCGGAGAUGGCCAAGUCCAAUGGUCUGGCCAAUGCGGCUGAGGAGGCUAACAAUACUAAACCCAUGUCUGUAUCUGAGGGUGUGGUAAAUCUGGAUGAAGACAGCGAUGAGGAUAUGCCCGAGGCUAAGCAAAAAGUCAGCGGCACUGAGUCUUCCGAUGAUGCUGUGCUCAUACCCUCAGACUCCGAGUCUGAGGCAGCAGCGCCACCGUCGGCGAGCAAAAAGGUUGCACCCACACCAAUUGCCGCUGCACCACCUGCUCCUGCUCCUGCCCUCGAUGAUGAUGAUGACGACGAUGAUGAUUGUGUGGUCAUUGAGGAUGAUACACCGCCCAACAGUUCGCCAUCCUUGCACAAGCGUAAAGGUGAUUUCGAUGAUAUGCAGCACAAUAGCAAACGUCAGCGCAGUGGCACGCCCUCCGGCUUGAUCAUUGGCGGCGGAGGUCUGGGUCAGCUGACCAUUAAAGAUGCGCGCUCAUUGAUGCCACAGGAUCUGGCGACAGCUGGUGGCGCUGGCAUCUACCCUGUAACCAUAACAAAUGCCGUCACCGGCCUAGCCACCAAUUUGGGCAACGUGCCGCCCAAGCUGGUGCCGAUGGCAGGCUUAAAUGCUGCUGUAUUAACGCAACCGCUGAAUCCACCUACACUUGGUCUGCCCAGCAUGACGAACAAUGCAAAUCUGUUGCCCGGACUCACGGACGACAUGUUCGUGCUGGAGGCGCCCUCGUUCAUAGUGCCCUACAUCUAUGAGAAGCCGCCGAAUGAGAAUAUACGCGAAGUCAUCAAGUCUAUAGAGACAACGUAUGGCUUAUCGCCAGAGGAUUUGGCUGCCACAGAUAGAGUGGACGAGUUUGACAUGAUGACAGAGCAGAAUAAGGAGGGCAAGCCGAAUGCAGGCGACGAGCAGUCGGGUAAGAAGAAGAAAAAGCGUGGUGAUGAUGAAUCCUGGUCGGAGCAAUCAGAUGACGACGAUGACGAUGAGGACGACGAGGAUUCAGAAGGCGGUGUGCGCACCAAAGUUCUCAUCAAGGAAGCCAACGAUGAUCUAACCGCGCUCAAAGGUGCCAUCAAGCCUGCCGCCGCCUUGGCCGCCAGCACCAAUGCCGUAUCCAAGCCUGGCCAGGAGAACUACUUUGAGAGUCCCCUUGGCAAAUUUUUCAUGGACAUUGGUGUCGGCCUGGUGCAGGAGUAUGUGCAGGCAGAUCUCUUGCGUUUGCAAAAACGCAAAAUGCGUAAAUCUCUGACGCGCGAUCCCAAGGAUUUCGAAAUGGCCAUCAACGCGCUCAGUGGCAAUCUGCAGGCCUCAAAGACAAAGAAUGCACCCUUCAAGUUCACCAUGAAACGCUGUGAGUUCUGUAACUUCAAGUCCGAAUCGGCCCUGUCCAUGGCCAAUCACUACGAGACGCCGCAUAUGAACGGCGUGCUCUACAAGUGCAACUUCUGCACCUUUGAGAUACGCAACGCCACUGAGAUUGUCUACCACAUGGAGGCGGUGCAUAACAUCAAGGCGCGCUUGAUCAAGCCGCUGCCGUAUCAUCAGUGCCCCAACUGUGGCUUCGAGGACAACGGCAAGGCCAAGCUGGCGCGCCAUCAACCUGUCUGCGCCAAGAAGUUUCGACCCGAGCUCAAUCUGGCGCCGCCCAAUGACUGGGAAGCGCCCGCCAAAAUACCGCGCAUCAAGCCCAGGCAUGGCUUGGUCGGCACAGCGACUGCUUACCAGGCCAUGGCUGCGCAGGCUGCUGCCCAGAAGGCCGCUUUGGCCACCAUCCAACAACAGCAGGCCGCCGCCCAGGCGCGUAAUUUGCAAGCUGCUGCUUUGGCCGCACAGAAUGCGGCCAAGAUGCGUCAACGUGCCCCACAGCUGCCCAAGGUUCAACUGCCCACUGCCAAUAGCAUGCUAAGAAAUCCGUCGCCAGUGCGUGGCGCCAACAAUGCGUCACUUGCACUGCCCAACAGCUAUCAGCUGGCGGCGGGACAGUUGGUGCAGCAAGCAUCGAAGAAGCCGAUUGCUGGUCAGCCGAGCAUCUCCAUAACGCCACUACCUCGUCAAAGUGCUAGCGUCAGCGGUGCUGGCGCUGGUGCCUCGUCUAGCAAAAUGCCACAAACGGCGCCAGCGGGCAUGAAGCCCGGACAAAAUCCCAGCGGCGGCAACAACAAGGCGCAGUUUGUUAUAUGCGAAAUAUGCGAUGGCUACAUCAAGGACCUUGAGCAGCUGCGCAAUCACAUGCAGUGGAUGCACAAAGUGAAGAUACAUCCCAAAAUGAUCUACAAUCGUCCGCCAUUGAAUUGCCAAAAGUGUCAGUUCCGCUUCUUUACGGAUCAGGGACUCGAAAGACAUUUGCUUGGCUCACAUGGCUUGGUUACAAGCUCCAUGCAGGAGGCAGCCAACAAGGGCAAAGACGCCGGCCGUUGUCCAGUUUGCGGACGCAUGUACCAAUGGAAGCUGCUGAACCACGUAUCGCGCGAUCAUCAUAUGACCCUGAAGCCCGCACAUUUAUCCUACAAAUGCACCGUCUGCACGGCUACCUUUGGCAUGUACAAACAAUUUGAGACGCAUGUGUAUACGGCGCAUAGCACGGUGGCGCGCAAGGCCAUGGACAGCAAGAAGAACAGCGCAGCACAGUCGAGCAGCAGUGGCAGCAAUCGCAGUGCGCUAAGCAGCGCCAACGAUUCGCUGUUAAAGCCGCUGAAGAUCAAUGAUGAGAUCACUAUUAUACCACAGCCCGCAUCGAAGCCACGCAUCACAAAUAUGGAGAGUCAUGUUAUAGAUUAAAUGGCGCGCCUUUUGCUGGAUUCAACCAAAAAACCUAAUCUCGCAUAGUUUUUGGUUUAAGUUUUAGUUUAAUGUGUCGACACACCGAUACAUGCGUAUUUAGAAUUGCUAGUUAAGGACCCCAGCAGAGCAGAGAUCUAUUUGUAUAGAAAAACAACAAAAUCCAACAAAAAAA